CCCUGUAUUUGUGAAUACAAAUAUCUGAAGAUCUAAAACUGUGUAUGUUGCGUAUCAUUGCACAUUUUUAAGCGGGUGUAUGUAUGGAAACCCUGGAGAUAGAUCACACCACUGCCAUGGAUGUAGAAGCCUGCCAGCAGAACACUACUUGAGUAGGCGUGUAGCAUGGCUCGUAGUAUCCGUAGGUGUGCCGAGAGCGUCGUCCGGAUAUGGGCGCCAGUUCCACCCACUUCGCUGCUCUAGCCUGCUCCUCGUCCUGGCUCUCAGCAACCCCGGACUGGUCUGUCUUUUCCAAGGAUGGCUUUGAGUGAGAAAAGUAAUGAGGAGAUCAGCAAGUUGCUUGCUAAAUAUGACAUCAAACAUGGACCCAUAGUCGACACUACUCGAAAGCUGUACGAGAAGAAGCUUGAAAAGGUGAUGAAGAGCGCUCCAGUGCAAUCCUCGCCUGAUAAGACCUACUACAGAGAGGAAGCGGAGGAAAUUACCUACAUCACGUACCACCAGUCCAGUCCGGUUCAAGCGGUGUAUUCGGACAUGCUGAAACGAAGAGGCAACGUUGAGCCAGAUGAAGCCAAGGAAUCGGACCAAGGCACAGAGCCCCCUAUCCAGAGCACAAACAGAGCAGCCAAUCACAGCACAAUACGAUCCGGGGAGCUGGUCAGAAAGUCUGGAGGCUGGAGCCUGUGGAAGGUGAUACGGCUGCUGCUGCUGUUAGCCGUGUUAGCAGCUUUCCUCUACUACUCCUACUGCCGUCUGAACGAUAUAGAAAAUCCUUUUGCGAUUCAAUAAAAAGAUAAUCAGUUUUUUUUUUCCUCAUUCCAAUACAAAUAUCUUAUAAACAGUCACUCCAGAAAAAUGCGAUUAUGCGAUCGCAUAAUUCAAUGCAUAAUCAGCCAAAGUCUUUUUUCAAAUACGCCACAUAAAUUGCAGAUUUCUGCACAAAAUAUGCGG